UUUCCUCUUAGUGUGCUCCACUGCUCUGCCAAAUCUCUCUCUCUCUGCUCCCCCUUUUUUCUUUGAAUCCUUUCCUUUCAGAAGAAACAAAACCAGCCAUGUCUAUGAGAGCUGUGACCGUGAAAACUGUCAGAUCCAGCUAUGGUGGAGGCGGUGGUGGUUUCAGUGGUGGCAACCGUGUAGAGGGAGGGUCUUUUUCUUCAAGAUCUGCCAUUCAUUCAAGGCCAAAAUUCUCCAGUGCAUCCAGCAUGGGAGGUAGCUCAAUGUUUAGGUCAAGUGGUGUUUCUUUCGGAGCUGGUGGUUCAGGUUAUGGAACUGGUGGUAGUUUCGGAUCUGGCAGUGGUUAUGGCUCUAGCAAUAGCUAUUCCCUUGGUAGCUCUUUCAUUUCUGGUGGUGGCGGAGGUCUGGGAGUACCUAUGAUCACAAACGUCCAAGUCAACCCAAGCCUGCUGGCCCCUCUGAACCUUGAGAUCGACCCCAAUAUCCAGACUGUCCGCACCCAUGAGAAAGAGCAGAUCAAGAGUCUAAACAACCGCUUCGCCAGCUUCAUUGACAAGGUUCGCUUCCUGGAGCAGCAGAACAAAAUGCUGGAGACCAAGUGGAGCCUGCUGCAGGAACAGACCACCACCCGCUCCAACAUCGACGCCAUGUUCGAGGCCUACAUUGCGAACCUGCGCAGACAGCUGGAUGGGCUUGGCAAUGAGAAGAUCAAGCUGGAGGGAGAGCUGAGGAACAUGCAGGGACUGGUGGAGGACUUCAAGAACAAAUAUGAAGAUGAAAUCAACAAGCGUGCUAGUGUGGAGAAUGAGUUUGUGCUCCUCAAGAAGGAUGUAGAUGGUGCCUACAUGAACAAAGUUGAGCUGGAGGCCAAGGUUGAUGCCCUACAGGAUGAAAUUAACUUCCUCAGAAGUGUCUAUGAGACGGAACUGCGUGAGCUCCAGAGCCAGAUCAAGGACACAUCAGUCAUUGUGGAGAUGGACAACAGCCGCAACCUGGACAUGGAUUCCAUUGUGGCUGAAGUCAAGGCACAGUAUGAGGACAUUGCCAACCGUAGCCGCGCUGAUGCUGAGUCAUGGUAUCAGCAGAAGUUCCAGGAAAUGCAGACAACUGCAGGCCAGACCGGAGACGACCUUCGCAACACUAAGAAUGAGAUUGCUGAGCUCAACCGUUUGAUUAGCCGCCUCCAGAAUGAGAUCGAGGCAGUCAAGGGACAGCGUGCCAACCUGGAGGCCCAGAUCGCUGAGGCCGAGGAGCGGGGUGAGCUGGCUGUGAAGGAUGCCAAGGCCCGCAUCAAGGACCUGGAAGACGCCCUGCAGAGAGCCAAACAGGACAUGACCCGCCAGGUCCGUGAGUACCAGGAGCUGAUGAACGUCAAGCUGGCUCUGGACAUUGAGAUCGCCACCUACAGGAAACUGCUGGAAGGAGAGGAGGACAGAAUUACCUCGGGUGGUGGAUCUGCAACCAUCCACGUACAGAGCACAGGCAGCAGCUUUGGUGGCAGCGCAGCAGGCGGCAUGGCCAUGGGCAUGUCUGGCGGCGCUGGCGGCUAUGGCUAUAGCAGCAGCAUCGCCUCGGGCAGCAAUAUGGGCAUGGGCAUGGGCAUGGGCUCAAACUCGGGCUUGGGCUUGGGCAUGGGUAUGGGCUAUGGCAGCGGCAUGGGCAGCGGCAUGGGCAGCAGCACCAGCACAAGGAGUUCAAGCGUCGUCAGUAGAAGCCGAUUCUAAAGACAGCAGUUGUCUUCAUCUCCAUUCUUCUUCCUCCUUUAUUUUUUUCUCCUCCUCUUGUCCCCCUCAUGAAAGUUUCCAUAAACCCCUUCACCACUCAGAUACAGAGCAGCCUCAGAAACAUGUUUCAUUUGACCACUUAAACAUAGCAGAGCCAUGUAAUGGUACAUCUCUUUUGGCUUGUAGUCCCUGUGCUGCUGCUUUUUGGCACCACAUACCUACAGAGAGUCACAGAUUACAUCCAAGUACAAGUGGAAGCAGAGAGCUUAUUAGACUGGAAAAGCAAAGACUAGCAGAGAUGUGAGUCAGUCCUCUCCUUUUAUCAGUCAGCCAGGCUGUCUUUUGGUUGCUGGAUGCGCUGCUGUGUAGACAAGGGAACAAUUGUAGUGUCAUGACAGAGAAUCCUUACAGGGCAACGAUCAUAUCACACAAAAUGACAAACGCAAUUCUAAGAUUUGCACAUCAGGGGAUGUGGGUGUUGUGCUUUGACUCGAAUUUGUAAAGCAUUCAUGGCAGGCGACCACAUAGUGUCACACCUAUAACUCCUCUUUUCUCUCUCCCCUUUCAUGUGUCGCUUCUGUUGUCACACAUUGGUAAUCGUUGUUGUGCAUUUUGGCAUCAUCAAAAGCAGCCACAUAUAACACUUCCAUUUUUCAUCUUAUUCUUCUUCUGGUUUGGGAGAAAAUGAGCUAUCCAGUUAAGCAUAUAAAUGGUGUUCGUUCCUUUACUUCCAUUUUCACUCUUUAUAAUAAACAUGGUUAAGGCCAACUGGGACAACCAGAUUUAUUGUGAAUUGUACCACCAAAACAU